AGCUCGUCUCUCUCUAGUCCAUCAUCUUGGCUCUCUCUCUCUCUGUCUCAUGGCUUCUCUUUUGAGAGACCUCUCAUUAGGCCAUUCCAAGAGAGAGUAAACUCCACCGCUGCUACAACCGCCACCAACAAUGUCUUCUAAACUAAUCGCCUCCGAUCUCGACUCUCCACUCGGCCAACUCUCUACCCAGCUCAACGAUUCCGACCUCCGAGCCACCGCCUACGAGAUCUUCGUCGCCGUAUCCCGUACCUCGGCUGGCAAGCCUCUCACCUACAUCUCCAACUCAUCCAGCUCCGACUUGUCGACUCACCAUCACUCGCCUAACUCGCCAGCGUUGCAGCGCUCGCUCAAUUCCGCCGCUGCCAGUAAAAUGAAAAAGGCCUUUGGUUUGAAAUCGCCAGGCUCCGGUUCCAAGAAGAGCCCCGGUUCGGGUCCGGGCUCGGGCCAGGGGAAGUCCCGGCGGUCUUUGACUGUUGGAGAGUUGAUGAGGAGCCAAAUGCGGGUGUUGGAAACUACAGAUUCGAGGAUUAGGAAAGCUCUUGUGAGGAUUGCUGCUGGUCAGGUUGGAAGGCGAAUAGAGUCGGUUGUUCUCCCGCUAGAGCUAUUACAGCAGCUUAAGCUUUCAGAUUUUACUGAUCAACUAGAAUAUGAGACAUGGCAGAAGAGAACUGUGAAAGUUCUUGAGGCUGGACUUCUUAUGCAUCCACGCGUGCCACUUGAAAAAUCAAAUCCUACUUCACAGCGGCUACGGCAAAUUAUUAAUGGAGCUUUGGACAGGCCUAUAGAAACUGGAAAGAACAGUGAAUCAAUGCAAGUGCUUCGUAGUGCUGUUAUGUCUGUUGCUAGUAGAUCUGAUGGCUCUUUUUCUGAGAUAUGCCACUGGGCUGAUGGUAUUCCAUUGAACCUCCGCCUCUAUGAAAUGCUUUUAGAAGCAUGCUUUGAUGUUAAUGAUGAAACAUCUAUAAUAGAGGAAGUUGACGAACUUAUGGAGCACAUAAAGAAAACUUGGACUGUCCUUGGAAUGAAUCAAAUGCUCCACAACAUCUGCUUUACAUGGGUUUUAUUUCACCGGUUUGUUGCAACUGGCCAAGUGGAAACAGGCCUACUUGAUGCUGCUGAUGGUCAGCUGGCUGAAGUUGCUAAAGAUGCUAAGACGACAAAGGAUCCACAAUACUCCAAGGUUUUGAGUUCUACAUUGAGUUGUAUAUUGGGUUGGUCAGAGAAAAGGCUCCUUGCAUAUCACGAAACAUUUGAUAGUGGAAAUAUUGAGGCCAUGCAGAGCAUUGUUUCUCUUGGGGUGUCAGCAGCCAAGAUUUUGGUUGAGGAUAUAUCUAAUGAGUAUCGCAGAAAGAGGAAAGGUGAAGUUGAUGUAGCUCGAAGUACGAUUGACACCUACAUCAGGUCAUCACUGCGCAGUGUUUUUGCUCAGACACUGGAGAAAGCAGACUCAAGCAGAAGAGCAUCAAAAAAUCAGCCCAAUCCUCUUCCUGUUCUCGCAAUCCUUGCAAAGGAUGUUGGUGAGCUGGCACUUAAUGAGAAGCAACUCUUUAGUCCAAUACUAAAGAGAUGGCACCCUUUUGCAGCUAGUGUGGCUGUGGCCACACUGCAUGCUUGCUAUGGAAAUGAACUAAAACAUUUCAUAUGUGGCAUAAUGGAAUUAACACCAGAUGCUGUGCAAGUGCUGAGAGCUGCAGAUAAACUGGAGAAAGAUCUUGUGCAAAUUGCUGUCGAAGAUUCAGUGGAUAGUGAUGAUGGUGGAAAGGCAAUAAUACGUGAAAUGCCUCCAUUUGAAGCUGAAGCUGCAAUUGCCAAUCAAGUAAAAGCAUGGAUCAAAGCAAGAGUAGAUAGACUUAAGGACUGGGUCGAUAGAAAUUUGCAACAAGAGGUCUGGAAUCCACAAGCAAAUCAAGAAGGAUUUGCUCCAUCUGCUGUUGAAGUCCUAAGAAUUAUUGAUGAAACUUUGGAUGCAUAUUUUCAGCUACCAAUACCAAUGCAUCCAGCAUUGCUACCUGAUUUGAUGGCUGGCUUGGAUAGAUGUCUUCAAUAUUAUGCAACUAAGGCAAAAUCUGGCUGUGGAUCGCGGAACACAUAUGUACCAAUGAUGCCAGCGUUAACCAGAUGCACAACAGGAUCAAAGUUUCAAGGUGUGUGGAAAAAGAAAGAGAAGUCACCAAAUCUUCAGAAUAAGAGUUCGCAGGUUGCAACAAUGAAUGGGCAUAAUUCUCUUGGGAUGCUCCAGCUGUGUAUGCGUAUAAACACAUUGCAUCGAAUCCGAAUGGAGUUGGAUGUUUUGGAGAAGAAGAUAAUAACUCAUCUAAGGAACUCUGAAUCAGCUCAUGCAGAAGACUUUUCAAAUGGGUUGGCAAGGAAGUUUGAACUCACAACUUCUGCUUGCGUGGAAGGAGUUCAACAACUUAGUGAGGCACUGGCUUAUAAAAUUGUUUUUCAUGAUUCGAGUCAUGUUUUGUGGAAUGGUUUGUAUGCUGGGGAGCCAUCAUCUUCUGGAAUUAAUCCUUUUCUUCAGGAGCUUGAGCGGAACUUGAUCAUUAUAUCAGAUACCAUGCAUGAAAGAGUUCGAACUCAGGUUGUUACUGACAUAAUGAGAGCUUCUUUCGAUGGAUUCUUGCUUGUUUUGCUUGCCGGAGGCCCCUCCCGUGCUUUCACCCGUCAGGAUUCUGAAAUAAUAGAGGAUGAUUUCAAAUCCCUCAAAGAUCUAUUCUGGGCCAAUGGGGAUGGCUUGCCUGCUGAGUUGAUAGAUAAGUUCUCGGUUACAGCAAGAGGCAUUCUUCCUCUUUAUCGAACUGAUACAGAGAGCCUCAUCGAGCGAUUCAGACGUGUAACAUUGGAGGCAUAUGGCUCUUCUGCCAGGUCUAGACUUCCAUUGCCUCCAACUUCGGGAGAGUGGAACCCUACUGAGCCAAACACACUCCUUCGUGUGUUGUGUUACCGGAAUGAUGAAGUAGCAACAAAGUUCCUCAAGAAAACUUAUAAUUUGCCUAAGAAACUGUAACAAAUUUGAGGCACUGUGCAUACUACUGAGGCAAGCCACUUCUUGCAUGGGAACUGCAUAUGCAGAAAACUCCCAUAGUUGUAGCCAUAUUUAGCAAUGAUGAUCCAGAGGUUGGUUGGGCCGGUGGGUUCCUUGGGGGUAGUAGCAGUGAAUGUGUAUGGUACAUUACAAGUGUCUUGGCUAACAAGAUUCAGAAUUGGAUUGCAGGAAAAACAAAGAGGUGGGCGUGAGACCUCCCAAGCUUUACUUGUUGAAGAACGUAGGUGAAGAUCCAAUAUUAUUUAUUCAAUUUUUAGAGUUCACCAGAUUUCCAUUUUAUUUUAUUUAUUAUUAUUUUUUUUUUUUUUUUGUCUAUUCUCUACUUACUGCAUUAUAUUGCU